GCCUCAUUCACCUCCUUCCCAUUCUCUUCCUCGCUCUCACACUCCAACCUCACAAAUCAUGAGCAACCCAGGACAGGCGUUUGCUCGUCUUGCACAGCAGCUCAACCGUGCUCGCCAGCAGGCCCAGCGCUCUGGUGGUGGCGCCGGUGGUGGUGGUGGCCCCGGCGGGCCGGCCGGGCUUCUCGCGGGCUCGGGCAUGAUCAUCGUGCUCGUUGCCGGCGGACUGGCACUCAAUGCCUCCCUCUUCAACGUUGACGGUGGACAUCGCGCGAUCAAGUACUCUCGUCUGCAUGGUGUCAUGAGCAAGAUCUACCCGGAAGGGACGCACAUUCGAGUCCCUUGGCUCGAGACACCCAUCAUCUACGACGUGCGCGCAAAGCCGAGAAACAUUGCCUCUCUCACCGGUACCAAGGACUUGCAGAUGGUCAACAUUACCUGCCGUGUGCUCUCCCGCCCAGCCGUCGACGACCUGCCAACGAUCUACCGCGAGCUCGGGACCGACUACGAUGAGCGCGUGCUCCCCUCCAUUGUGAAUGAGGUGCUCAAGUCCGUCGUGGCACAGUUCAACGCCUCGCAGCUCAUCACCCAGCGUGAGAUGGUCUCGCGUCUCGUGCGCGACAACCUGACGCGCCGCGCCCGCCGCUUCAACCUCAUUCUCGACGACGUGUCGAUCACUCACGUUGCCUUCUCGCCCGAGUUCACGCACGCCGUCGAGGCCAAGCAAGUCGCGCAGCAGAUCGCACAGCGUGCGGCCUUCCAGGUCGACCAGGCGAUCCAGGAGAAGCAGAGCAUCAUUGUCCGCGCACAGGGUGAGGCCAGGUCGGCCGAGCUCAUUGGUGAGGCUGUCCGCAACAACAAGGGCUUCCUUCAGCUGCGCAAGCUCGAGGCUGCGCGCGAGAUUGCCGGCGUCGUGGCACAGAGCGGCAACCGUGUCAUGCUCGACUCGAACGCUCUCCUCCUCAACGUUACCGACGACAACAUUCUCCAGACCCUCCCCAAGAAGUAGUCGUGCAUGCAGCAGUCACCAGUCCAAGAGGGGAUGCCUCACAUGACGCUCUGCCACGCGGCAGAGCUUUCGAGAGCAUCCCAAGCCUGCAUCCUGUAUGAUCCUA